GCGCUCGUGAACCGGCGUUUACGUCAGGACCAACCGGCGGAUGCUGGGACGGAUGCUGGCUGCCGGCGGCGACCCGGGCCUGGGUCAGUGAGGAUCCCUCUGUCCCGCCAGGCUGGUGUCCCCUUCCCCACCCGGUCCGCUAGUGUGGAGCCGGCCGGUGUUCGAGUCGAGGCCUGGGCUCGGUGCGAGCCCCCACACUGCUCCUCGCCUGCUGAGGUUUUCUAUCAGACGUUACCCUGUAAUAAUGCUGGAGUUAAGAAGUCUCCAUUCCUUUGCUGCAAAUCAGAGACAUCUCUCUUCGUACAGAAAUGGAGUAAUGUUUAAAGACAACUGGCAAAUUAAAGGUUUUAAUGACCUAAGUUCUAUGCUGAAAUAAGAUUAAUUGGACUACAGGUGCCACUUUGGGGUAACCCAAAUCUAUUUCUGGAACCAUGAAAGUUUUGUUGGUAUUUGACUUCGACAAUACAAUCAUAGAUGACAAUAGUGACACCUGGAUUGUACAGUGUGCUCCAAACAAAAAGCUUCCUAUGGAACUACAAGAUUCUUAUCAAAAGGGGUUUUGGACAGAAUUUAUGGGCAGAGUCUUUAAGUAUUUGGGAGACGAAGGGGUAAAAGAAGAUGAGAUGAGAAGAUCAGUGAUAUCAAUGCCUUUCACUUCAGGGAUGGUAGAGCUUUUCAACUUUCUAAGAAUGAAUAAGGAUAAAUUUGAUUGCAUCAUUAUUUCAGAUUCAAAUUCAGUCUUCAUAGAUUGGGUUUUAGAAGCUGCUGGUUUUCAUGAUGUCUUUGAUAACGUAUUUACAAAUCCAGCAUCUUUUGAUAACAAUGGUCUUCUCACAGUGAAAAAUUGCCAUGCUCAUUCUUGCAAUAGAUGCCCAAAGAAUCUUUGCAAAAAUGCAGUUUUGCUAGAAUUUGUAAAUAAACAGUUACAAAAGGGAGUGAAGUAUGCACGGAUUGUUUAUAUAGGUGAUGGUGGAAAUGAUCUCUGUCCAGUAACCUUUUUAAGGAAAAAUGAUGUUGCCAUGCCUCGAAAAGGGUAUACUUUACAAAGAACUCUUGCCAGAAUGUCUCAAAAUCUUGAGCCUAUGGAAUCUGCUGUUGUAGUUUGGUCUUCAGGUGUUGAAAUAAUUUCUCAUUUACAAUUUCUAAUAAAGGAGUAAUGUAUCAACAAUUGAAA